AAAAAAUGUCCCCACCUUUUGCGCAUGCGCAUACGUGUUCACAAAAUUUGAGAAUUCUCCCAUUGGUGUUUCUUUGCCUUGGUUGUGAAAAAAGGGUCAUCACUUGCUGCCAUGGCGAUGCCAGCGCCAGUCUGGGAUGAGCGCAAGGCUUACAAGGAGCUUCUCUACUGGGAUAGCCUGAUACAGAAUGGCCACCGCCUUCUCCCACACGAUUUCGACAGGUAUGAAGAGCUCCGUUACUGGUACGAUUGUCUGUGCUACGAAGAAGAGUUAAGGCAGUACCAUGAAUACAUAACUGCCAUCGAGGAAAUAGAGGUGAAACGUCUCAAAAUUGAGGCCCCUCCAGUAUGCCAGCCGCCCAUGCGUAUGUUCAUCACAGACGACCGCCACAUGAUGGCCAAGCACUCGGCGGUGUAUCCGUCCUCCCAGGAGCUGGAGGCCAUCCAGACGGUGGUCUCCCACGUGGAGUGCGCCCUCAAGACCGUCUCGGACCUGCUGGACGAGCAGAGCGGGUUCUCACCCGCUGCCGAGAUGGAGAGCGGUGCCCCUGCCCCACGUGUCCUGCGGGGGGUCAUGAGGGUGGGCCUGGUGGCCAAGGGCCUCCUGCUGAAAGGGGACAUGGACCUGGAGCUUGUGCUGCUGUGUAGCCAAAAGCCCACUGUCACCCUCCUCAAGCAAGUGGCUGAAAGCCUCUCGGCACAAAUUAAGCUGGUCACAGAGGACAAAUACAAGGUGACCCAGUGCCCCAAGGAGGCGUCCAUCAUGGUCAGGAGCACCAAGGAGCCCGUCUUGACCCUCACCAUACACCUGACCUCCCCCCUGGUCAGGAUGGAGGCCGAGACUCAGGCGGAAGAAGAAACGCAAACAGCAAGCGAUCCGCCGGACGUUCUGGACAGGCAGAAAUGCCUAACUGCCUUGGCGUCCCUCCGCCACGCCAAGUGGUUCCAGGCGAAGGUCAACGAUCUGAAGUCUGCGGUCGUCGUCAUCCGCAUCCUGAGGGAGAUGUGCUCCCGCGUCCCCACCUGGACGCCACUCCGUGGAUGGCCACUGGAGCUGCUAUGUGAGAAGGCCAUUGCAACCAGUGACCGGCCAAUGGGAGCAGGAGAAGCCUUCCGACGAGUCCUUGAGUGUGUGGCUUCCGGAAUCCUCCUGCCUGACGGCCCUGGGAUCAAGGACCCCUGUGAGAAAGAGAAAAUAGACGCCAUCAGCCAUCUUGACCCUCAGCAGCGUGAAGACAUCACCCAGAGUGCCCAGUAUGCCUUGAGGUUGGCUGCCUUCGGACAGGUGUACAAAGUGCUGGGCAUGGACGCCAUUGCCGCCAGGGCCCGACGACCGAUUGGACCCCGAGAUGUUUCCGCCCAGAUCCCAGCCACAGGUGCCUAUAGCCAGCCGCCCAAAAGGCCUUUCACAGGGACUGACACCACAGGGGAUGACAGCCAACUCGACAACAAGAAGAGGAAGAUCCUUAAGUUCCAGAAACAACAGAAGUUUCAGAGAAAAUCCUCUGAAGACAAGACGGAUCCUAUAGUUUUCAUGAACAACCUAAUGCGUCUGAACCAGUACAAACCGGGUCUGCAAUUCCGGCUAGCAUCGCAGACCGGGCCAGUCCAUGAGCCAGUCUUCACCAUGGCCGUGGAGGUAGACGGCCAGACCUACGAGGCCUUGGGCCCGUCAAAACGUGCCGCAAAGCUCAACCUAGCUGGAAAGGUACUCCAGGAGCUGGGUCUACCGAUGGGGACUGAGAGUAAAACAGAACCCAGCGAUAAAGACCCCACCUCCUCAGGGACGUCCACAGCCAGCACAACCGUAGCAACUGCAGCACCGGUCGAGAACGGCCCCAUCCUCACCAAGCACGGCAAGAACCCGGUGAUGGAGCUGAACGAGAAGCGGCGCAGCCUCCGCUACGAGCUCUCGGCCGAGACGGGCGGUAGCCACGACAAGUGCUUCAUCAUGGAGGUGGAGGUAGAUGGACAGAAGUUCAAAGGGAGAGGAUCCAACAAGAAGGAGGCCAAGGCCUACGCUGCCCUGGCUGCCCUGGAGAAGCUCUUCCCAGAAGGCUCGGGCCCCUCCUACUACCAGGACCCCAGCAAGAAGAAGAAGGUCACUUACACUGACAUGCAUAUCCCAGGCUUUGGGACAAUCCGGGGCAUUCCGUCAGACCCUAGUUCCAACAGCUGGGGUCGGGGUCGGGGCAGAGGUCGGGGGAAACCGUUCAUCCCCGGUAGCUCGAACAGUGGUUACAGCGGCAACUACAACCAAACAAACUACACCUACAACACAGGCUCUGGAUAUUAUAAGCCUUUCAGUUCCGGAGCUUCCACCGAGGCCGCGGUCCCCGUGGAGGCCGCCACCACGCCCGACGCCAGCGGCUACGGCACCUUCUACCCAGACGUCGCCUCCUACUCCGCCCCGCCCAAACCCCCCUCCGCCCCGGGGGGCGCGUCCGCGUCCCAGACCGGGCCCCCCGGCGGCGGGGCCGGCUACCGGUCGGCCCUCACUCCCCUGGACCAGCCGAGCCCCUACAGCUACGGCUACGGGGAGGACAAGAAGAAGCAGCUGACCCAGCAGGGGCCCCCGCCGGUGGGCCAGGCUGCGGUGGACUACUCUGUAUACAGCACAGCGUACCCCAGCUCUGUCACCGGUGGACAAGUGUACGGUGAGUGGGGAUAUGGUUACGGCAAUCAACCGACUGAUUGGGGCAACCAACCGGGUUUCAGUACGUAUGGGGGCCCACCCCAGGGCUACGGAGGGGAGGGCCAGGGCUCGUUCCCCAUUGGCUACGGAAACACAAACUAUCAGUUCAAAUAGGACUUUAAUCCCACCUCUUUUAUUCUCCCAUAAACUGCCUAUGGAGCAGACUCAUUUGUUUGUACUCUGGACAUUGUCAAUAAAUGUAUCCAAAUAAACCAUUAUAAUUUCAAAUG